AUGCAGAUUUUGUUAGUCCUAUUGUUGACAGUGAAGGUAAUUAAAAUAUAAUUAUUGUGAGGUUGGCAAUUUUGAGAUGGGAGUAAUUUUUAAAUCACAAAUUGUGGAGGAUCUCUUGUCUUAGGUGGUUAUUAAGGAUUUAAUGAUCAAACUGUUAUUUUUAAAACAUUUGAGCUGCCUUCGCAUUAUUAAAUUAUUAUCAGAUUUGCAUUUUGGAGGUUGCUAUAAAAAUUUAAUUUUCUAAUAGGAUUGA